AUGGAGGUCAUCUGGGAGGCUUCUUUCAGCAUAUUGAAAGAAUGUUAUAUCAACGCACAAUACCAUGUCCAAUCUCAUGGUAUAAUGAACGAACUUGUUGAUGGUCGGCUGCCCAUCCGCAUAGUGGAACAUACUCUAUACCCCCCUUUCGAACAAUGCCCAAAGUGCUCCAGGACUCGACCUAUGCGAGCAAAGUCAUUGUUUGGAUACCUAUAUGAUGUCGAUGGAUGCCAUACGAUUGAACACUUUUACCUAUACUGUCAACGUAAGCAAGCACAAUAUUAUCAAUAUGGGGACACGAGGACUGACGGACGUGUAAUACUUGAUCCUCUUCCAGCAUGCCGGACCAGUUAUCACGUGAGCUAUUCAAUCUACAACGAAAAACGAACGUUCUAUACGACAUCCGAAGGGAGGAACUCUGAAGUCUUUCAAGUACAUACACAUUACUUCAUGACUCAUCGCUUGGCGCAUCAUUUCAAGAUGAGCCAAAUGCUGCAACGGUGUUCAGUGUUCAGCAUCGUGAACUUGUACAACUCAACUUUCAUGGGGUCUCACGCCCCUCCCUUGUUCACAUCUCAGCAGUCCUUCUUUCCUCGACUGUCACAAGAAGUUUGCAAAGACGGUAUGGGAAUUGAUAUGUUGUUGUACAAUUACUCUGCAAGGAGUAAAGUCCUCGUGGUCCCAGAUUCCGGACUAGACCGUGUCCGUUACAACGAAGCGAAGAAAGAAUGUACCUCCUGGAUAGCCGCGGAGGGGACUGCACACAAAAACCAUUCAUGCAGUCUUUGUACGUGUAUCACAUAUUCUGAAGAGAACAAUAAUCACUCAGUUGUUCGUGCUGUUGUGACCGAUGGUUUAACCAUCGGGCACUGGAGAUGCAGUGCUUCUGCAUCUCAGCUGGAAAUGCUGGCCAAAACUUUCGGCCACCCAGCACCUGACGGACCAUGUCGAAGAACUUUAGAUACAGUUCGAAAUCGAUACUGUAGUUUUCAUGAGCCGCUCCUUGAAGGUAUUUGCCAGGCUCAGUCUUGCACCCAACCGGCGCUUGCAAAUAAGAAGACCUGUGGCCUUCAAUCUCACCAGGAUGCUGCAAAAACUUUUUCCACAAAGGCUCGAAUCUAA